AUGAAGACGAUAGUGUUUAUUGCUUGCAUUGUAACCCUUGUGGUUAACGUCACAGCAGAUAUCUCCAGGCAAGAGAGAAUUGACACACUCAAGAAAGUCCACGUCGAAUGUCAAGCUGACCCAGCCACCAAGGUAAAUGAAGAUUUGAUGGAAAAAUUCUUCAAAAACGAACCCGUCGAUGAAUCCUUGUUGGCUAAGCACGCCCUAUGCAUCAACGUCAAACUAGGAGUUCAAAAACCAAACGGUGAUGUCGAUAAAGAAGGUUUCAAGAAAUGGCUGGGCGGUAGUGAUAAUGGGGAGCAGCUAAUUGAAGAAUGUGGGAAUAAGAAGGGUAGCACCGCUGAAGAAUCUACACUUGCUCUGUACAAAUGUUUCAGGAAACAUAGAAAUGAACAUGGAGUUCAUCAUCAUCAUGAUUAAGUUAACUCUGUUAAAAAAAUAUGAAUAUAUCUGAUAUUCUAUAUCCACACAAACUUAUCGUUUUUUAUUUUAUUCCUUAUAUCCAAGAAAUACGAAGAAUUACAGGAUUGCAAAUUGAUAUCGGAGCAUUCUCAUAAAUAUUCAUAUUGCUGUUUAGGUAUAUUGCUUUUUCUGUGAAGGGAAAAAGUUUUAGAUUUCAUCUCUGUUGACAUCUUCUUCUAAUAGAUGUCGCUGUACUAGUUAUUUUCAUAAUGGGAAUAAAAACUCGAACGUAUUGAUAAGUUAUAUUUUUAUAUCAUAAUACAUCAUAUCAUUUUAUC